AUGAAAAAGAGUUUUGCCGUUCUUGUGCAAGAAGCUAGUGGGUUCGAGAACUUGCCGUUCUUAGAAAAAGACUGUCGUAAUUAUAUCGAUAAGGCACGUUACCUUCAACUUGGGAAAUGUGGCGCUGGAACCCUUUGUGAGUAUUUUGAGAGGAUGCAAUACAAGAAUGAUGGAUUUUUUGCAAUGAUAGAUUUUGAUGAUGACGUUAGAUUGAGGAAUGUAUUUAGGGCAGAUGCACGAAGUAAGGUAGCCUACCAAUAUUUUAGUGCUGUCGUCACAUUUGACACCACAUAUUUGACAAAUAGGACAAAUUUAAAAGAAUUUACUGAUCAAUAUGAUGCUGUGUUAAGGAAGAAGAUUGAGAAUGAAAAUGAGGCGGACUGCUACUCAUUUAAUGUCACAAUACUCGUGGUGUCAGUCAAUCCACUUGGGAAGAUAUUUCAGAAGUUGUACACGAACUCUAAAUUUCGAGAAGUUCAACGUGAGAUAAUGGGGAUGCUCGGUUGUCUGCCAAUUCUACACCAAAAGGAUGUUGUAGUUGCAAUAUAUCAUGUAGAGACGAAGUUCCUGUUGAUGGUUUCAUCAAGUCAAUUACCCAUCGUGUGUCAUUUAAUGAGACUGCGUGUGAAGCCUAGUGUUCCUACGGAUUCUGAUGCGAGGCCAGAAGUCAGCAGAUAUGCAUGUAUAAUCAAGAUGUGUUACGGCAUGAUAACAAAUGCAGCGUCAUGUGAUGAUCAUGCUGAUAAUAUGAUUGCCAAGUUAACUGCAAUGAACGAGGUAUACCGCACCAACAUGUCAUUGCAACAAAUCGGUUCCGACGUUGUAGUUAUAGGUGUCGAUGCAAAUACAGUUUGGAGUUCAAAGAAGAUACUCAACCCCCAUGUUGUGAGAGGUAAAGGCAGGCCACCAUCUCUCUGGAAAAAAUCAAUGACUGAGAGAGUGUGCAAACCCACGUUGAAGAAAGUUGCUCAGAAGGGAAAACGUAAACAGCCGCCCCAAAACACUGUCGAAGUGUUGGAGUCUAGUGGAACCCAGUUUGGCAUUGCAAUGAUUGAGACUCAAGAAAGUAUGCAACUUUAG